CAAAAGUACUUUUCGUCCAACAUUAAAUAUAUGAAUGAGCUGUAAGCACGGACCGUUGCCCUAUAAUUGAAGCAUUAAAGAAUGCCUUAGUUGCGCAAAUUGACUGAUGUACUGUGUUCUGUGGAAUGGAUCUGCACCAUACACGUUAGGAAAUUUGAGCUAGCUUGGUGAAGGCCGAACUUUUACACAGUUUUUUGUAUGCUUUACAGGAUAUUGUACAGUUUCCUCUGGUGCAAUUUUCUGCGUAUUUUGAGAGGGAGAGUCUUUGUAGGUUUUGUCGCUUGGUUCUCAGAUGGCGCGUGAGAGAAUUGAGAUAAGGAGAAUAGAGAAGGCGGCAGCCAGGCAGGUGACCUUCUGCAAGCGGAGGAGGGGUUUGAUCAAGAAAGCGCAGGAGCUUUCAAUUUUGUGUGAAGCAGAUGUUGGCCUCAUUAUAUUUUCUACAUCCGGAAAGCUCUUUGAAUACGCCAGUUCCAGUAUGAAAAUGAUUUUGGAGAAGUUCUUGGAGAGUGAUAAACAACCUAAACUCGAGUCCACCGAGUGUGAGAAUCAGGACGUGAGAAGAAUGAAUCAACAGAUUGAAGACAUGAAGCAGUCUGUAAGGCGCAUGCACGGAGAAGACCUGCAAACGUUAACGCUAACAGAGUUAAAACAGUUAGAAUUUAAGUUGGAAGUUGGAUUAAAACAAAUUCGAGCUGAAAAGAAAGAACAGUUAUUUAAGGAGGCAUUUGAUCUUGAGGAAAAGAUAGCUCAAUUAACGGAGGGAAAUACCAAACUCGAUGUUCAGUUAAACGCAACACACUGUUGCACCUCUGCACAAAAUAGCAAUGAAGAGGAAACGAUGUUUUUUGAGCUUUUGGACAGACAAGAUCAUCCUAAGUCAUCUGUUUCCACGAUUUGUUCCGCACACAAUUCCAGCGAGCAUAACGAAAGCAUUAAAGAAAAUGGGGUUCCAGACACAUUCUUGCAUUUGGGGUUGUCUACAGGCUAUUGUCUUGGUGGGGUGGGGUAAAUAAAGAGCACUGGAAUUGAGAGUUUUUUAUGUUGAAACUUUAUUCUCGAUCCAUGAACAUAAGGUUUUUAUUCCUUCGUCAACUAAGAUAUUCAUCUACGUUCCAUGUAAGAACAUCGCGUGAGGAGUAUGAAAAUGAUGCAUGAUCAAUGCAGUUAUCAACGGUCAUGCAACAUCAACAGUUCAAAGCAAUCAUCUCAGUCAUCAACAGAAUGCAACUUCAGUUUUUUCUGUCUUUUAAUAAUGCUUCGUAACGCAUUGUAAAAACCGCAUCUAUACGCCGUGUACAUGUAUGCACAUUUCAGUUUUAAUUUAGUUUGCAUAAAGUGGCAGCAGCACAGUUAAGUUUUAUUUUGGUGAUAGGCUGUAAUAAUUCUUAGUAAAAUUUCUUUUGUUUUGCUGUUUUUGAUGUUAGAAAACCAGCCCACUUCAUUAAUAAGAAUAGUCUUUCUUUUCA